ACUUUAUUAUUUGUAGUGUAAAUAAAGCAAAGCAUGUUUUGUCUAAGAUCACCGCUCUUUCCCAAAACCUCUUCCUUUAACUUGUUCCCUUUGUUCUUCUCCCACCACUUCAACUGCAACCACAAGCAUAUUGUUGAAAUGGCACGAUCUUCAUUGGAUGAGAUAUCGGACUCAGGAGCAUUCACGAGAUCUGCUUCCACAUUCCGACAAUUUGUUUCAAAGGAUCCUAAUUCCCAAUUUCCACCAGAGUCAGGAAGAUAUCAUCUCUAUAUAUCAUAUGCUUGUCCUUGGGCUUGCAGAUGCCUUGCUUACUUGAAGAUCAAAGGACUCGACAAAGCCAUCAGUUUCUCGGUGGUCAAACCGAUAUGGGGAAGAACUAAAGAAACAGAUGGAUAUAUGGGAUGGGUUUUUCCUGAAUUGAAUACCGAGGUUCUUGGAGCUGAACCUGAUCACUUGAAUGGAGCAAAGAGUGUUAGAGAACUUUAUGAAAUUGCAAGUACAAACUACACCGGAAAGUUCACUGUUCCAAUUCUGUGGGAUAAAAAACUCAAGACAAUUGUUAACAACGAGAGCUCGGAGAUUAUCCGCAUGUUUAAUACUGAAUUCAACAAUAUCGCAGAGAAUCCCACCUUGGACUUGUAUCCCUCUGAAUUGCAAGCCCAAAUUGAUGAGACUAAUGAAUGGACUUAUCAUGAUAUAAACAACGGUGUUUAUAAAUGUGGGUUUGCAAAGAAGCAGGAACCAUACAUUGAGGCUACAAGAGAAUUAUACGAAGCUUUGGAUAGAUGUGAAGAUAUACUAAGCAAGCAACGCUAUAUAUGUGGCAACAAGCUUACUGAAGCAGACAUUCGUUUGUUUGUCACUCUCAUUAGAUUUGAUGAGGUUUAUGCAGUUCACUUUAAGUGUAACAAGAAACUAAUACGGGAAUACCCAAAUAUCUUCAAUUAUACCAAAGACAUUUUCCAAAUUCCUGGUAUUAGUAGUACAGUAAACAUGGAACAUAUAAAGUUGCAUUACUAUGGAAGUCAUCCUUCUAUCAAUCCAUUUGGGAUCGUUCCCGAGGGGCCAAACAUCGAUUAUUCUGCUCCUCACGACAGAGAAAGGUUCUCUGCUUAAGUUGAUGACUGUUUGUAAAAUUUGUAAGUGAUGAGACAUUUCAGUUUCUUUUUAAGGGUUUGUUUUGUUGAAAUGUUGCAAAAACAGCCAUGCUUUGAGGAAUAAAAUAUUUUCGAAAUAAAAGAGACAAAUUUGUGUGUGUA